AUGUCUCUUGAUCAGUAUUCAUUCCAAGACAUUGUUUCAUUGAUUGGUUGCUAUACCAACAUUAAAACAGACGACGACAAGGAGUAUAAUGGAUACCUUUAUACAAUAGACCCUCAAACAAGACAUGUUGUAUUAUAUGAUAAUCAUCAUUUACAAGUUAUAUUUCAUUCUACCAUAAAAACUAUCAACUUUGAUAGACAACGUCAGUUGGAUAGUGUUGAGUUGGAUAAUGCUGUAGUCAAACAUGAUACAACAGCUAAUUUAGAGCAGACAUGUCGUGAACUGAUCAAGUAUUUUGAAAUGAAUCGUAUACCCACUGAGUAUAAGGAACCUCAUAUUCACCUACUAGGUUCAGCACGUGUUGAACCACCUUACGUGGCAACGAGUGUGGUUGCUGAAAACAGCUUGAUUCGUAAACGCGUGCGUGAUUUAGUGAUGGAGUUUUAUUUAAAGGAAGAAAAAUAG